GUAGACGCGUGAUGAACUGGCAGCACUCUGUCUGUCCGUCUGUGUCUUCUUCAUCCUCACAGUUUAUUUCGUGUACACUUCUUCGCCUUAACCCCACUAUCGAACCUCAAUUCACAGUUAAAUGACUUGCGUAGCUGAGCUGGGGAAGUUGGGUAAAACUGGUGCGUAGAAUUAUAAUUAGAAUCAGAAACUAGAAAGAAAGAAACAAAAAAGAGGGCAGAGAGAUCUAGUGCUGUCUGCACAGAUUUUUAGGUUUUUAUAAUUAAGAUCCUGAGGAAUUGAGCUGAGAGACGAUGGAUUUGCGUCUGCGCCUGAUUAUCAAGCCUUGCUUGCUUCUCGUUUUCCUUUUCGCACUUUUCACCUCCCUCUCCUCGGCUUCCACUUUCAUCUCAGAUGGUGUGUUUGGAUCUUCUGUUUUGAGUGAGAGGAGGCUUCUUCAGGCUAAGAAACCAUGCCCGGUAAACUUUGAGUUUCAGAACUACACUAUUAUCACCAGCAAAUGCAAAGGACCGAGCUACCUGCCCAAGUUGUGUUGCCCGCCGUUUAAAGAUUUCGCUUGCCCAUUCGCUGAGUAUGUGAACGAUUUAUCGACUGAUUGUGCUUCAACGAUGUUCAGCUAUAUCAAUCUAUAUGGGAAGUAUCCGCCGGGUCUAUUUUCUAGCUUAUGCAAGGAAGGGAAAGAAGGGCUGUUGUGCCCGGCGUUACCUCCCGGAUCUUCUGUACCUUCAAGAAAAUCUUUGGUUAAUAGCGCGAGCCCGGUGAUACCACUGAUGGCACUAACCGUGGCUUCCCUUGUAUUUUCGCUGCAGUUUGUGUGAAAAGGUUUUGUAAUUUAUUUUCAUUUUUUGCGAUGAAUGUAUACGGUGAAGGGGAUAUGAUGAAGUUCUUGUUGUUGUGUUAAAUCCAUCUGUGCCAUGAGUUUCUUGUUU